AUGUGGGGGAGAAAAUCCAUUGCGGCGUCAAGACGCGCUGGCGUGGGCAUAAUCCGCGGUAGACAAAAUACUCUCCGCCCCUCCUCUGCGUUCCCCUCCUUCCCCUCCUCUUCCACUCUCUGCAGCUCCUCAUAUUCUUCUUCCUCUCUUUCCUCGACUUCCGUGUCCCCUCGCUCUCCUCCUUCAAUCACAUCGACCCGUUCCCCUCGACUUCGCUCUCGAGCUUCGAUUCCCAUUCCUGGUGUAUCACUCGGUCUUACGCCGAUUCGAAAUUGCUCUGCCGAGAUUCGCAUGAUGGCGUCCAACGACAGAGAAACCUUGCCUGACGCGGCCAAGCCGAUCAACUACCAUGUUUCACUCUAUGAUCUUCAAUUCGGUGGCUCGUGGGGCUACAAGGGUAUCGUGAAGAUUGAUUCCAAGAUCACCCGCGCUACCAAGGAGGUCGUUUUGAACACAAAGGAGAUUGAGGUGCAAAGCGCCGAGGUAUUUGGCAAGGAUGGCUCUUCGGUGGCCAAAGCGACCGACAUCUCCUACGACCAGAAAUCCGAGCGUGUGACUCUAAGAUUCGCCGAGGAGCUCUCUCCGUCGGAUGUCGUUCUCUCCAUCAACUUCACCGGUAUCAUGAACAAUGCCAUGUCUGGAUUCUAUCGUUCCAAGUAUAAGCCUGUCGGCGAGGCGGGUGCCGAUACACCCAAGGAUGGCGAUGACUACUACAUGCUCAGCACUCAAUUCGAGUCGUGCGACGCUCGCCGGGCAUUCCCUUGUUUUGACGAGCCCAACUUGAAGGCCACUUUCGACUUUGAGAUUGAAGUUCCCAAGGGCCAGACUGCUCUGAGCAACAUGCCCAUCAAGUCUGAACGGGAGGGAAGCAAUUCCAGCCUGAAGUUUGUCACCUUUGAGAAGACUCCGGUGAUGAGCACCUACCUGCUCGCCUGGGCUGUUGGUGACUUCGAAUACGUCGAGGCCAUGACCGAGCGCAAGUACCAGGGCAAGAGCAUUCCUGUACGCGUCUACACCACUCGGGGUCUUAAGGAGCAGGCUCGCUUUGCUCUCGAGUGCGCUCACCGCACCGUGGAUUACUUCUCUGAGAUUUUCGAGAUCGAGUACCCUCUGCCCAAGGCCGAUCUUUUGGCUGUGCACGAGUUUGCAAUGGGAGCCAUGGAGAACUGGGGUCUCGUUACUUACCGCACGACCGCUGUUUUGUUCGAUGAGGGCAAGUCGGACAACCGUUACAAGAACCGCAUCGCCUACGUUGUUGCACACGCUGACGUCAAGUCAAACACAGAACUUGCCCACCAGUGGUUCGGAAACCUUGUUACCAUGGACUGGUGGAACGAGCUUUGGCUCAACGAGGGUUUCGCAACUUGGGUCGGAUGGCUGGCUGUUGACCACUUCUAUCCCGAAUGGAACGUCUGGUCUCAGUUCGUUGCUGAGGGUGUCCAACAAGCUUUCCAACUCGACUCGCUCCGCGCUUCUCACCCUAUUGAGGUCCCCGUUCGCAACGCUUUGGAAGUCGACCAGAUCUUUGAUCACAUCAGCUACCUGAAGGGAAGCUCCGUCAUUCGCAUGCUCAGCGUUCACCUUGGUCAAGAGACCUUCCUUCGCGGCGUGGCUGACUACUUGAAGUCCCACGCUUACGGAAACGCCACUACCAACGACCUGUGGUCGGCUUUGAGCAAGGCUUCUGGCCAGGAUGUGCACACCUUCAUGGACCCAUGGAUCCGGAAGAUUGGUUUCCCAGUGGUGACUGUUGCCGAAGAGCCUGGUCAAGUCAGCGUUCGCCAAAGCCGAUUCUUGUCCACCGGUGAUGCCAAGCCCGAGGAGGACCAAACCACCUGGUGGAUUCCCUUGGGCAUCAAGUCGGGCGAGAAGCUGGCCACUGUUGACAACCGUGCUCUGACUCAAAAAUCAGACUCUGUUGGUGACAUUGGCACGGACGGUUUCUACAAGAUCAACAAGGACCUGACCGGUUUCUACCGUACCAACUACCCUCCUGAGCGCCUGCAGAAACUGGGCCAGUCGCUGAACCUUCUGACCACCGAGGACAAGAUUGGCCUUUUGGGUGACGCGACUGCACUUGCUGUCUCUGGCGAUGGCAACACGCCUGCCUUGCUGGCUUUGUUGGAAGGAUUCAAGGGAGAGGAAAACUACCUGGUUUGGUCGCAGGUCUCCUCGUCUCUGGCCAACCUUCGCUCCGUCUUCUCGCAAAACGAGCAGGUCGCCGAGGGUCUGAAGAACUUCACUCGCAGCCUGGCUUCUCCCGCAGCCGAGCGUCUGGGCUGGGAGUUCCAGGCCGAUGAAGAUUAUCUGGUUAUUCAGCUCCGCAAACUGCUGAUUGCCAUGGCCGGUAACGCUGGCCACGAGAGCAUCGUUUCCGAGGCCAAGCGCCGCUUUGAUCUGUGGGCUUCCGGCCAGGAUCAGAAUGCCAUCCACACCAACUUGCGAUCUGCGAUCUUCAGCCUGAACGUGUCCGAGGGUGGUCGUAAGGAGUAUGAUGCCGUCAAGGAUGAGUACCUGCGUACCGACUCGGUUGAUGGCAAGGAGAUCUGCCUCGCUUCAAUGGGUCGCACCAAGGAUGAGGCUCUAGUCACCGACUACUUGGACUUUGUUUUCUCUGACAAGGUCGCCAUUCAGGACAUUCACAGUGGUGCAGUAUCCCUGGCUGCCAACUCGAAGAUGCGCCACCUGUUGUGGGAGUACCUCAAGAACAACUGGACCUCAGUCUCAGCUCGUCUGGGCGCCAGCAAUGUUGUCUUCGAGCGCUUCAUUCGCAUGGGAUUGUCCAAGUUUGCUGAUCGCGCGAUCGGUGAGGAUAUUGCUCAAUUCUUCAAGAGCAAGGACACGGCCGCCUAUGACCGUGCCCUGGUGAUUGUGCAAGAUCACAUCCGAACCAACGCCUCCUACAAGGAGCGUGAUGAGGCCUUGGUCUUGGAAUACGAUUACCUCUUCAAGCUCCUCCUCAUCGGAGACUCCGGUGUUGGAAAGUCUUGCUUGUUGCUCCGUUUCGCUGACGACACCUACACCGAGAGCUACAUCUCCACUAUCGGUGUUGACUUUAAAAUUCGCACCAUCGAGCUCGACGGCAAGACUGUGAAGCUUCAGAUCUGGGACACUGCUGGCCAGGAACGAUUCCGUACCAUCACCUCGUCUUACUACCGUGGUGCCCACGGCAUCUGCGUCGUCUACGAUGUCACCGACAUGGACUCCUUCAACAACGUGAAGCAGUGGCUUCAGGAGAUCGAUCGCUACGCCACCGAGGGUGUGAACAAGCUGCUCGUUGGCAACAAGAGCGAUAUGGAGGACAAGAAGGUUGUGGAGUAUACCGUAGCCAAGGAGUUCGCCGACAGCCUUGGAAUUCCUUUCCUGGAGACCUCUGCCAAGAACGCGUCCAACGUCGAGCAGGCUUUCUUGACGAUGGCACGACAGAUCAAGGAGCGCAUGGGAACAGCCACCGUCAACAACAAGCCCACUGUGCAAGUUGGUCAAGGUCAAGGCGUCCAGUCUGGCUCCGCAGGCGGCUGCUGCUAG